AGCCAUUUUGGCUCAAGCCGUUUGGGACCGAGGGGGGAAUCGAGCUACGGGCCACAGGGGUCUCGUUGAGAGCGCGGGCGCUUCCGCGCACGAUGCUGGUGCCGUUCUCCCCCGACGUGCCAGAGGAGGUCGAGGCCCAGUACCCGACCGGUCCGGCGGUAGACGCGCUGCCGGUCUGGCAGGAGUCGGGGGAGCUGUCCGACCACCGGCAGUACGUCUUCCACUUCGGCACCAUGAUGUGCCCGCAGUUCGCGAGCGGGCACUGCCCCCUGCACGGGGUCGGCUCGGGCAACGCGCCCCACCAGUGUUUCGGCUACCACUUCGGGUCCCAGCGGAGGCGCCCCCUCGUAGACGCCGCCACGGGGCAGCUGAAGUACUGGGACGUCUUCUGCGACUACGCCGCCGCGGGGCAGGAGUGCCCCUGCGGCGACCUGUGCCCGUUCGCCCACACGCAAGAGGAGGUCACCUACCACGCCGCCAGGUACAAGACCGAGCUCUGUGGCGACCCAGACUGCCUCGGCGAGGACGCCUGCUGCUUCGCCCACGGCGAGGGCGAGCUCCGCACCACGGCGCACGAGCGCUACUCCUUCUGGAGCGCCUUCGGCGGCGGCGCCUGCGGCGUGGAGGCCGUCCAGUGGUCCGCGGACAUGUCGAUGUACGACCCCGCCAUCGUGGCGGCGGCCGGCCCGCAGCAGCUGGAGGAGGGCGGCGGGCACGGGGCGGCAGGCGCGAGCUACUGCCCCCAGGCCGUGGAGGUGUACAAGCACCGCUUCUGCGCCUCCUACCCGCACGUGGGCAGCUGCCGCCGCGGGGACACCUGCGUCUUCGCCCACACCGCGAGGAGAUCAGGCUCCCGCUGCUUGCGCCCGAGGAGGAGGACCAGCGCCCCGCCGCCCUCUCCAACGACUUCUUCAUGCUCCGCUUCAAGACGCACUGGUGCCCCAUCGGCGUGCAGCACGACUGGCAGACGUGCGUGUACGCCCACAACUAUCAGGAUGCACGGCGGCACCCGGCCAUCGGCUACGGCCCGCGGCCGUGCCCCCACUGGAAGCGGCAGGAGGCCUCCCUGGAGUACUCGCGGCGGUGCCCGCUGGGCGUGCGUUGUCCCUUCUCGCACGGCGCGAAGGAGCAGCUGUACCACCCGGACUCCUUCAAGACCGUGACGUGCCAGGACUCUCAGAGCACCAGCUGCCCGCGGGGCAAGCUCUGUGCCUUCUGGCACAACAGAUCGCAGCAGCGCCUGCGAUCCAGCGCGAAGAGCGAGUACAACUACAAGGCGCCCCUCGGUGAGGAGAAGGUCUGCGCACACCUGCAGCAGGAUUUCCUGACCCCGCCCUUCAAGCUGCUCAACUCGCUGCAGGCCAGCAUGCAGACGAUGGAGUGCGACGUGCUGCUGGACGCGCUGCAGCCAGACGAGAUGAUGUGCGGGCUCUGCGACGGCCCGCAGGACGUGGUGCUGCAGGACUGGAGCCUGCAGGUGUGCGGGCCGGGCGGGGCUGCCACGCCCACCACUCAGGCAACGCAGUCCCCUGCGACGGACAGCGACGAGGCGGGCUCCGCGGUCGGCUCCGACAAGCCGAUCCCCGUGCAGGACGAGGACGGCCUCGACGCCGUGGUCUUCGGCUCGAUCUCGGAGGCGGACCUGGCCAUGGCGGCGCCACACGAGGCCCAGAGCCACGCGUGGCAGCUACAGGGAGGGAGCCCCGGCGACUGCGACCCCAGCGGCGCGGUGAUGGGACAGCCAUGGGGCACCCAGGUGUGCUUCGGCGAGACGCUGGUCGUCCCCGCCUACAUCCCGUCCUCCAGCGACAGCGGCGAGCCCACCCAGAUGCUUUUCUACAUGCCGCUGCCGCCGCAGAUGCCCCAGAUGGCCAUGGUGCCCGUGGCGGUGCCGAUGCCAGCGCCCGGGCCCGAGGUGACCUACGAGGUCAUGGUGCCCGUGAGCGCCGCUGGCGAGGCGCUGCCCCUCGAGGGCGCCUGCGCCACUCCGCACUUCGAGGAGGCGCCCGCGCCGGCGCACCACGGCUUCCUCGCCGCGGCAGGGGCCGGCGGGGCGAUGACCACGCAGGGCGCCGGCGUCACUCCCCAGUUCGAGGAGGCGCCCGCGCCAGAGCACUGCGGCCUCGUCCCCGCGGCAGAGGGGGCGGCCGAGGCGGCCACGGGCAGCGGCGGUGGCGGCGACGACGACGGCGAGUGCGAGUCGCCCGCCUACCGCCGCCCUCGCGCGCUCUCGCACUGAGCGCGCCGGGCAGGGCGGCUCUUUCUGCUUCGAUCCUCCCAUCCUUCAGGGCGGCCGCCGGGCCAGCGCUCCUCGGGGGGCACUUCCGCGCGUCCCUUCGUCCCGCCUCCCCUCCUCCUCCCGCCUGCGGCCGAGGGGCGCCCAUCUGCAGCGCCGGUCGCGCCUGGCCGCGGCGCCCGUCCCCGUGGGAGCCUCCCCCUCCCGCGUCCUCGUCCUCCUCGCUGCGUUCAUUCAUCCUUCCGCCUCCUCUGCUUCCUCUGCUCCUCAACGCGCUUCUUGGGGCCAGCAGUUACUUUGCCCCUGCUGGAUGGGACCCAGAAGCAGCUCUACUUCGGCGUUCGCAAUUUUGCUUCCUACGGCGCGCAAGGCCGCAUCGUGCCGCCGUAUCCACGUGCCUGAAGCACGCCCCCAGUGUCCAGCGGAGGAGGGUG